UCUUGAUUAACUUUGCUCUCAUCUUAGAUCAAAAUGAUAUGAUCUUUGUAAAGUUAAGAGUUGCCUGUUUGGGAAAUCUUUUCAGGUGGUGAUCGGGAAAUAUGGUUUCGUUGCAAGGACCGGUGAUUUGCCCCGCCUUUCAGAGCAAACAAGUUGGGGUUAACUCGCUGAUGGUAAAUAGGCAUUUCCCAUGGGCAAGGUUGCUUACAAGUGAUAUAUGGGGAUACAGAAGAGAGAUUGACGGAAAGAGUAAGUCCCGUAAACUGAAAUUUCGAAAUUGCAAGACCACGGUGCAUUGUUGUUUCAGUUCAUCUUCAGAUUGGAAUGGAAGUUUUGACGAAAACGAUGGAAAUUAUGUUAAUUCCAGUGUGGCUGAAGCUGAUGAGGUGGUUUGUGGACCUGAUGGAAUUAUGAUUAAAAUGAGGUAUGGUAGUCAUUUAAGAUGUGUUCAUAACAGUCCUCAAAAUGGGCAUCUGCCCAAUUAUGCACCUCAUCAUGCCAUUGUUCUGAAGAUGGAAGAUGGGACUGGGCUUCUUCUACCAAUCAUCGUUUUGAAGAUGCCAAGUGUCUUGCUCAAGGCAGCAUUGUGCAAUGUCCGAGUUGUUAGACCUACGCUUUAUCACGUUAUCAAGGACAUGAUUGAAAUGAUGGGAUACUCGGUAAAGCUUGUUAGAGUUACUAAAAGAGUGCAUGGGGCCUAUUUUUCUCAGCUGUACCUGACAAAGGAGGGUGAUGAAACAGAGUACAUCGCUUUUGACCUUCGGCCUUCUGAUGCUAUCAACAUUGCUGUGAGAUGCAAGGUACCUAUACAAGUGAAUAAGCACUUAGCAUAUAGUGAUGGAAUGCGAGUGAUUGAAACAGGGAAGCUGUCCAUGAAGCCCCCAGCUUCAGAUAUCUUACCACAUACUGAACUAGACCAGCCAAGUGGUCAGCGUUGUCUCGAUUCAGAGGAGUUCAAAAUUGUCAGCGACUUAAAUGAAGUUAUUUCUGAGGAACGCUACAAGGAUGCUGCUGAUUUGAGAGAGAAACUUGAUAUGUUUCGAGCUGCAAGGAACUUGAGGAGAGAUGCGUAACACGUGAUUAUUUGU